AUGGCGACCUGGGGGCGGCCCGUUGGCCAGCGGAAUGCAUCUUCCGAUCGGAGAGACGAGUACGCCGAAAGCAUCCAGAGACAGUACCUGUGGAGCUCACCGAACGGAACCCAGCCCGAUUUCUCAGAGUCCUUCACGGACGGAGACGAGAUACUCAUCUCGUGGAACGCGCUCAACAACAGCAUCUACGACCUGUGGCUCACAAGCUGGAAGAUGGGCCCCGACUUGGUAGCGCUGUGCCUGGCCAGGGCAGUCAACAUCGGGCAUGAUGGAAACCUCAAGCUUGUCACAUCCAACCCUCCGCCGGCGCAGAUGGCCAACCAGACCGAAUAUGUCCUCCGCUUCAAGCCGCCGACGAGUCAAGGCGGGUUUGUGGCGUCGGACCCGGACCUUUCGAGUCCGGGCUUUUUGCUCUUGAGGUCUUCCGUGGUCGGCGAAGGAGUUCCCAGCGUAGCGGCAUCUACCAUGGCAACGGCAUCACCGACGGGAUUCCAGGCGACGCCUUCGAGGGAAAUCAUCACCUCGACUCCGGCUUCGGAGGGGUCGACGCCGGACAUGUCCCCAGCUGCAGCCGCAGGGCUGACGAUUGGGCUGGUAUUAGCCGUGGCAUUGCUGGCGGCGAUCGAAGUGGCCUAUCUCCUGUGGCGGAGAAAGAGGCGGCGGGAAAGACACGAGGACGGCACGCCGACGCCAAGCCGCAGGAGGCUGAAGCGGCUGGGAGAGGGCGGGUCGGGUCGCGGAUUGUUCGUCGAGGUGGACAAGGCUGAAAUGGCCAUCAACGACGCGCUUUUGCUGUCGCCCGAGCUGCCGGGCGACUCGGACUGGGGGGAGAGGCUGGUGCAUGAACUGAGGGGAUCCAGACUGGGCAGGGGAAAUUCUCCUGGGCGGGCGCUGACGAUAAACAGUUCGGUGGUCGAGUUGGAGGCAGGACGCGGUUGA